GAUCCAGGCGAGGAUCGCCGGUGAAAAUCGAAGGAUCGCCGUCGGGAAUCGAGCUUCGAUGAUCGUCGGAGCUCGACGGUCGCGCGAGUGAAACGUGUCGACGCGACGGUGAUCGUGGGAACGAUCGAAGCCACACCGCCGGGUGACACCGUCGAUCGGGCCCGUCCAAGCGAUUCGAUCCGGGAUCCGUUCGAUCGAUCCGAUCCGAUUCGAACGGCCAUAUGCUGUAUCGCGAUCGUACUUGCCGCGUCCGGCGUAACAGGUGUUCUCCGAUCCGGACGCGGUCGAGAGACGACGCGGCGCGGAAGCAUUCAGGGUAAAAAAGGCGCAAAAGUGAAUGGUGUACGAUGACUUUCUGGGCCCGUGGGGCCGUAUCAUCAUCGUCGUGGUGGUCGCGCUGGCAGUGGCCGCAGGACUGCUGGUGAUCACGUGCUUCAUGGCCCCGGGAUGCCUUGGCUACGAGUGCAUCGAGAGACGAAAGAGAGACGCAAAAACCGUGCCGAUGCGUGUCAAGAGCAGACAGAACGAAAACGUGAAGCUGAACGAUGUCAGCUACAGGUCAUGGAGAUUGGGUAGCCUCUACGAAGACAGCGGCAACGGCACGACCACCGAGAAUGCUACGGGGGCCGAUGGAACGUCCUGGAACCCGAACAACGGCCAGUUCGAGGGCACCAACGCCUCGUCCACCCUGAACCUGGUGCAGAAGGAGAAGCAAAAGCCGGAGAAGAAACAAAGGGAAUUCCCGACGGAAUUGACAAUGAGCCUGCAGUACCUGCCGCCGUUGGAGGAGGCUGUUACCGGAAAGCUCGUCGUCGGUAUCGAGGCGUUGUCCGGGCUGCCUCCGAAGCAGUACAACUGCACGCUGGAGCCGUUCGUGGCGUUGACCAUCGUGAAGCAGUCCUGGAGCCAUCGGAAGCGCCAGAAGCUGCACAGUUUCCGGACGCGGGGCGUCCGGCACACGGCCAGCCCGAUUUUUAAGGAAACGUUCGUGGUCGCGAACGUGAAACAGCACGAGCUCAAGGAUUGGAUCCUCGAUUUCGCGGCCUUCGAUCACGACAGGUACGCCAACGAUACGGAACUGUGCUCCCUGAAGGUGUCCAUCAAAGAAGUGAGGCACAUUCUGCAGAGUCCGGAGAUCCACAUGUUCAAUUUCAGGAUGAAACCGUCCAGCUUGGAAUUCGGGAACAUUUUGCUAGGUAUAAUUUACUUACCAACCGCGCAGAGACUGACUAUAAAUGUAAUGAAACUACGGGACGUCAAGUUCGCGCCGUCGGUGACCAGUUUAACUCAAUUUAAUCCUUACGUCAAAGUGUUGAUGCUGAACGGAAGGACGGGCCAGAAGCUGAAACGGAGGAAGACGAAGUUUGCUUGCGCGACCUCGCAGCCGGAGUUCAACGAGACCUUGACGUUCGACGUGACGUACAAUCAGCUGGACAUCGUGCAAUUUCUGGUGAUACUGUGCAGCAAGUCCGUGACCGUCGAGGUUCCUGCGUGCAUUCCGGACAACCCGAGCGACAGCGAAGACUCCGUUUCUUCGGCGUACAGGCCCAAGGACGUCCCUAUCGGCAAGGUGGCUCUUGGGAAAGGGGUCAGAGGCCCGACCGAGAGGCUGCAUUGGUUCUCCGUGCUCCAAAAUCCCCGGAAGCUCGUGACCGUGUGGCACACGUUGAAGUAACAACGAUCGUUCGUCGACCGAUCGUGCCUCGUCGCGAUCGAGCCCUCGCGAACACCGCUCAUUUGUAAACGUAACUGCAAACGUAACCGAUUAACGCGCACCCUCGGAGGUUCUUACAGAGUAUACGAAACGUACAAAAUCGCGUCAAGCGACACUGGCGAAACGCCAGUGUCGGUAUCCAUUGUUAACCGAACGCUAUUGUUACCGGGCCAUUCAGCGGCUACCCGACAAAUUUGGUUUCCCGCGGCCCUAGGACCCAACGAAUCGUACCUGCGCGACGCCCCCGGACAGGUACAACCGACCUCGAUUAUGCGGCUUUGUCGUCUCGCAGAAGACGCGCGUUGUGACCGGAAAUAAUCGCCGCACAAUGCAAGAAUAAUACCGUCGUGGACGCGGGUCCGAGCAACAGCGUCUCUUAGUGCUCCAUUCGGAACACCCGCAGCAUAUAUUUAUCUUAUAAUUUAAUCGUAUCGAUACGCGCGAUCGCAACCAAAGAUUGUAGAUCUUAUAAUUAUAUUUAUGUAUGUUCGUUGACGCGUACGCUAUUGUUCGAAGUGUAACUACAGCAUUGGAAAUAUACGUGUGUUCAUAA